UUCUGAAUCGAUAAGCAAUCUCAAGAAGAACAUCCUGGAGAAAGUGAGGCAGAUACUUCACACUCGUCAACAGUGCUGCUUGCUGACAUAGCUGGUCAUUGCUUUCCGAAAAGGAGGAAAUGGAGCUCCUUUCCAUCAUCUUGUGGUGGGCAACAGGAAUUAUUGGGAUCAGCUACCUCGUGAUCCUCGCCUGGGCCAUUGCUUAUGACUUCGCCAAGACGAGGAUAGACCCGGGCUUUGACCAUCCGUGGAAACUCCGAGUGCUUCACUGGAACUUCAUUAUGCUGUUCACGACCGGGAAGAUCUUGGAAUGGCUGGGCGUAUGUAGUCAGGUGGUCUUCGUCCGCCUCAUGACGGAUCUCAGGAGGUUCAAGGUUCCUCCCAACCUCUACACCAAAGACCUGGAUUUCGACGGUGUCACUGUCAGGAUUUACCUCCAUAAAACACCGAGUCCCGUCCGAAGGAAGGGAUUCGUUUUCUUCCACGGAGGGUCUGGACUUGCCGGAAGCAUCUCUUCAUAUCAAAACAUUUGCAGUAAAAUUGCCAAUGAGAGCGACUCAGUGGUGGUAUCUGUCGGGUAUCGUCUCGCUCCUGAAUAUCCGUUCCCCACACAGUCCGAGGACUGCCACACGGCUACAGUGCAUUUCAUGAAAAACGCCGAGACUUAUGGGGUGGAUCCCUCCCAGAUCGUCAUUGGCGGAGACAGUGCCGGAGGCAACUUUGCCACUGCAAUUGCCCAGAAAUUGGUGGGGAGACCUGAUCUUCCAAAGUUGCGGGCUCAAGUGCUGAUUUAUGCGGGCACCCAAGCCAUGGACUUCACCUUGCCUUCCUGUCAACAGAAUGCUCGAAUGCCAUUCUUGUUUUGUGAGAACCUCGCUUAUUAUGGGAUGCAAUAUUUUGGGAAGGACACUUCUUUAUCAGAUGACUUGCUUCGCGGGUCUCACGUGCCGCACGAAAUGAGACUGAAAUGUGCCAAGUACGUGAGUCCGGACAACCUUCCAGAGAGAUCUAAACAACGAGGCUACCAACCCAUCCCGUUGGCUCCUUUCAAGCCCAAAGUGUACGAACAAUUGUCCAACAUCCUUGAUGUCUCUUUUUCUACCCUUUUUGCUGAUGAUGCCGUUAUCCAACAACUCCCGGAGACGUUCAUUGUGAGCUGCGAACAUGAUAUCUUACGGGAUGACAGUUUACUGUAUAAGAAACGCCUGGAGGACAACGGCGUCAAAGUUGUCUGGUUCCAUGCCGAAAACGGAUUCCAUGGUGUGAUAAACUUUUUCGACUUGGGUUUUUUCUCAUUUCCACUUGGGUCAGAAAUAUUGAGUCGCGUCGCUGACUUCGUCAAACACUUAUGAGAUGUAUUCUCCCCAAGAUAAUGGUAUAAUAUGUAUUAGGCUUGGGCGGU